AUGUCGAUGAAGCUCCGCGACGCAGUGACCGAGGCGCGCACGUCGUGGCAGUGCAACUACACGCGAAUUGAUGCCCGGUGGAGCCUGAAGCAGCUCCACGGUCUGUACCAUCUCAUCCUUGACAACAGAGAUGAGCUCGCAAAGCACGCUUCCAGCGGUAUGUGUCUCCAUCUUCUCCCCCUCCCCCGAGAUCUGUCCCAUGGUCCCCCGUGUCUGGAUUGUUUUGCUCCUGACCUCAUCGCCGUCUUGCCACACGCAGAGUACUCGGCUUGCGCGAAUGAGAAAGAUAUUGCUCGUCUUGUGGGCGAACUCAGCCUUCACAUCCAGGACGCCCAUCAGACGAUUGCCCGGCCAACUCGGACGGCCAGUGCUCCCCUCUUGGGGCAGCUCGAGGUCUCGAGGCAGCCCGUGGGGGUCUCUGUUGUUGUCUUUGGCCCCCAAAACCCUCUACACUGGAUCCUGGGGCCGCUGGCGUCUUCGAUCGCUGCACGGAAUGUCACCAUCCUGGCUUCGAGAGCGCCGCGCAGCGACCCAACGAUGGCUCUUCUUGAGCGUGAACUGCCAAAGUACGUCGACCAAGAAUGUGUGCUCCUUGUACCCUCUUUCGAUCCAGCCAACCUGGUUGAGGGCGAUGUCGAUCUCGUCGCAAUCUAUGUGUCGAUGGCGGCCAUUACACUUACACGUAUGUAUGUAUAUAUGUAUUAUCAAGACGAAAUUCGCGAGCCAUAUCUUAACAACCUGAGCUUCUCCAAGACGGCAUUUUUCGACACCUCGAACGGAGCUUUCAACUUGGCCAUUGUCGGCGAGGGCGCAAAGUCGUGGUCUGACAUCGCCCGCGAGCUCCAGGGCGCAUCGAACCGCCUCGUUAUGCAGCAGGAUCGUCUACAUGCCGUCUUCGUACGAGAGCACGACAUCAAUGCCCUCCGGUGUCUGUUGCCGCUCAGCUCAACCGAGACGACUUUCUCGGACAGCCUACUUCGCGAGGGCGGCGACGCCGACUUCGAGGCUGCGCUUCUCUCGGCCAAGGCGGACUGCCGCCUCCUUGUCACGCUGGUAGGGUCUGUAGAUCAGGCCUUUGACGCGCUGGUUGCCUUGUCUAGCCCCAUAAGACAGCUGGCUCUGCUGGGUCCUGAAGCGGGCAAACAUGAAGAUUACGCGAGGGCCUGGUUGCCGGCGCAGAUUGUCUCGAUCGGCUCCGUUUACCCGACGACCGUCCCCGGUGAGUUUUCUUUUUUUUAA